AUGCAAGAAGUUUUUGAGAUGACUGACCUUGGUCUGAUGACCUACUUUCUUGGCAUAGAAAUAAAACAAGGAAGUGAUGGUAUUUUCAUAAGUCAGCAAACAUUUGCUUCCAAGGUACUGGAGAAAUUUUGCAUGCAAAAAUGUAAAUCGGUUACUACACCUGUUGCAUUGGGGGAGAAGUUGUCAAGUACCAGUGAGCAUGAUCGAGUAGAUGAGAAAGCUUAUAGAAGCUUAAUUGGUUGCUUGCUUUAUUUGACAGCAACUAGACCAGACAUUGUCUAUGCUAUUAGUCUUCUUUCUAAGUUCAUGCAUUGCAGUAAUAUGGCUCAUUUAAAGGCAGCAAAAAGGGUGCUGAGAUAUGUUAAAGGAACCAUCGAUUCUGGUGUGAAGUUUUGGAAGACAAAGGAGUUGAAACUUAUUGGCUACUCUGAUAGUGAUUGGGUAGGGUCAGUUGAUGACAUGAGAAGCACUUCAGGUUACUUCUUUACUCUAGGCUCGAGUGUUUUUAGCUAG